AUGACAUCUUUAACAGCUCUAGACCUAUCAUCGACAAGGUUGCAGGGGUGCAAAUUACGGGGUUCCAUUCCUAAAUCUCUUGGGAACCUUAUGCAAAUCAGUAAACUAGAUUUAUCAGGAAAUGGUUUCACCGGUGAAGUCCCAUAUACUCUCUCAAAUCUCGAGGAACUCACUAUGUUAGAUCUUUCUUUCAACAACUUCCCAGGGAUAAUCCCGGUUCUUGCUAAGCUCAUAAAGCUGGAGCGUUAUCUAGAUAUAUCUGGUAAUCAACUCACAGGUCCCAUCCCCUUCAAUUUAAGUGGUCUUCAAAAUCUACGUGAGCUCUACUCAGCUUACAACUCUCUUAAUGGGGAAAUACCUGCAUGGUUGUUUACUCUUCCGUCAUUGAUAAAAUUACACUUGGGAUCCAAUCAUUUAACUGGUCAAAUUCCUGAGUUUCAGCAUCAUUUACCAUUGGCAUUUAUUGUCUUGAGUGACAAUAAACUUUGUGGCCCCAUUCCACAGUCAAUUUCAACUCUUGUAAAUUUGACCAAGCUCUUUCUUGAAUCAAAUGGUCUUACUGGAGAGAUUCCUUCAUUGAUUUGCAAUGCGAGUUCCCUUGAUACUCUUGAUCUUCAUCCCAAUUUGCUUCAAGGACAACUUCCCAUUCCACCACCCUUCCUAGAAAACUUUUUCAUCUCAAACAAUAGCUAUACGAUUUCACAUUGUUUGGGUAAUUUUAGUAGUUUUCUCACGGUGUUAAAUCUGCGCUCCAAUGAACUUAAGGGAACCCUUCCCUUGGCAUUUAUGAAGCCCAACCAAUUACGAAGUCUCGAUUUGAGUGGAAAUCAUUUUGAAGGACAACUGCCAAGAUCUUUGACAAAUUGUAGAAGCCUGGAGGUUCUAAACGUCGGAAACAACAAGAUUAAUGACACAUUUCCAUAUUGGUUGGGAACCCUUCCUGAGUUGCAGGUUCUUGUCGUGUGA